GCCUGUGCGUGUUCGCUGAGCGCGAGGCAGGGGUUUUUGUCUCGCAGAAGGAAGCGUUCUGUGCUUCAGUGGGCUCGCGCACACCGGAGGAGCAACAGUUCGCAGCGGCAGCAGCCCAGCAAGAAGAAAGUGAUUUAAAAUCAGCGGACUGCAGCCUUCUGUCUGCCGCAGCCGGUUCCUCAGUAAUACAGACGUACUGAGACAGGGUGAGAACACACAUUACAUCGACGGUGAUAAUAACCCUAAUACCAGAAGUAGCCCACUAUGGAGGACCAGCUGCUGUGCUGCGAGGUGGACUCCAUCAGGAGAGCCUACCAGGACGUCAACCUGCUCAACGACCGAGUUCUCCACACCAUGCUGAAGGCAGAGGAGAACUACCUGCCGUCGCCAAACUACUUCAAGUGUGUCCAGAAAGAAAUUGUACCCAAAAUGAGGAAAAUAGUUGCCACCUGGAUGCUAGAGGUCUGCGAGGAACAGAAAUGCGAGGAGGAGGUUUUUCCGCUGGCUAUGAACUAUUUGGACCGAUUUUUAUCAGUGGAGGCCACCAGGAAAACAAGACUACAGCUGCUGGGAGCCACGUGCAUGUUUCUGGCAUCCAAGAUGAAGGAAACUGUUCCCUUAACGGCGGAGAAACUCUGCAUCUACACGGACAACUCGGUCCAGCCCGGAGAGCUGCUGCAAAUGGAGCUGCUGGUUCUCAACAAGCUGAAGUGGGACCUGGCUUCAGUCACGCCUCACGACUUCAUCGAGCACUUCCUGUCCAAGCUGAAGAUCUACCCGUCCACCAAGCAGAUCCUCAGGAAACACGCUCAGACCUUCGUGGCUCUCUGUGCCACAGAUGUCAACUUCAUCGCCAGUCCUCCGUCCAUGGUGGCAGCGGGCAGUGUGGUGGCAGCUGUUCAAGGCCUCUACCUGAAGAGCCAGGACGCCUCGCUGUCCUCCCAGAACCUCACCAACUUCCUGUCGCAGGUCAUCCGCAGUGACCCGGACUGCUUGCGGUCGUGUCAGGAGCAGAUCGAGUCCCUGCUGGAGUCCAGCCUGCGACAGGCUCAGCAGCACAGCAGCACGACAGAAAGCAAACACGUGGACGAGGACGUGGACCUGUCCUGCACUCCGACAGACGUCCGAGACAUCAACAUCUGAAAUGACUGACGGCCGCGCCGCGCGGCGACCUGAUAAUCGAAGGAAAGUUGUGGACAGAGGGCGGUGAUGGGCGGGCUGGGGAAGGGGUUCCUCAUCUGAACCCAGCCUCCCCUCCCCCUCCUUCUUCCUGGGCUGCUAUCAUGGCCGACAUGUCACUCACAUGCCCGCUGUCCGCCCCGGCUGCCAAGACGGGACAGAGCGCUGCCCCCCC